AUGGACCUGGGCCUGUUCAUGUGUUUGAUUUUUCUGGCAGAUCUGAGACUUUGCAAAGGACAAAUCUCAGGCUGCCAUCAGGGCCAGUGGCAGUGUGAUGAUGGAAACUGCAUCCGUGAUGUGUGGAGGUGUGACGGACAAGGAGACUGUCUGGAUGGCUCUGAUGAAGUGGGCUGCACAGCUCCAGGCUCCACUGACUGUCCACCAGGUCAGUUUUCCUGCGUGGACUCUGUUGGCUGUGUCGACGCGUCGGCCCGCUGCGAUGGACUAAAGCAGUGUCCCACCGGCUCCGAUGAGGAGAACUGUUCCCCCACCGAGGGCUGCCUGGACUCGGACUGGAUGUGCAGGAACCACAUCUGCAUCCCCAAAGAGCUGCGCUGCAACGGACAGAAUGACUGCACGGACAACUCGGAUGAAGAGGACUGUGGUCUGUGUAGCGAGGACGGGUUGAAGUGUCCUGAUGGGACGUGUCUAUCUGCUGAGCAGCGGUGUGACGGCAAGUUUCACUGUUCCGACAGCAGCGAUGAGCCCAUGACCUGCGGUCGUAUCUGCUCCAUGAACAACGGAGGAUGCAGCCAUGUGUGCACUGAUGAACCCUGGGGAGCUUUAUGCUCCUGCCCCGUUGGAUAUAAGCUUUCUGCUGACGGAGCAGCCUGUGAGGAUUUGGAUGAAUGUGCUUCUGCUCCCUGCAUGCAUGACUGCACCAACACCAUCGGAUCCUUCUACUGCCGCUGCAGAGAGGGUUUCAGAAUGACGGAAAGCUCCACGUGUCUGGCUUCAGGUAAUUCUACUCGACUGCUGAUGGUGCAGAAGAGAGCCAUAGUGCUGCUGAAUGUCAAGUCCCAACAGUUUGAAGUUGUCCAGACUUCAGCGGUCGACCCCGUGGCUUUGGCGUUUGACAUCGCCCGAGGGUGGUGCUACUGGGCCGACAGCCAAGGCAAGAUUUAUAAGAGCGAUGGACAGCACAGCUGGACUGCCUAUACUGGAGAGCCUGGGAUCAGAGGUCUAGCUUGUGAUUGGCUAAACGGAAACCUGUUCUGGACCAAUCAGAAGACAAAAUCCAUCUACAUGCAGGCAGCCGAUGGGAAAAGCUACAUGAGUGUGCUGAGCAAGAACAUCAGCCCAUCGGAGCUGGUGCUUGUUCCUGUCGAGAGCUUGAUGUUCUGGAUCAACGCGGGUCCAGGCGACAGGGCGACGCUGGAGAAGUCGUGGAUGGACGGGUCGGACAGAAGCUCUGUGGCGGUCAUCACUGCUCAGUCUGCACACAGCCUGACUGCCGACGUCGCUGCCAGGAGGCUCUACUGGAUCAGCGACUUCAAGAGGUCCAUAGAGACGGUGAAGAUGGAUGGAACCGGCCGUUCCUCUUUGGCAGGACUGUUCAGCAGGAGACCAGCUCUGAGCCUCGCCGUCUUUGAAAGUUCCUUCUUCUGGGUUGACGACAGAGGACUGUGGCAGACUCCACAGGACCGGCCGAGCGACAGGAAGUUUAUCUGGAAAGCUGAAGUGCCGCUGCUGGCUGUUUACCACGAGCUCCAGCAGCCUCAAGAUCCUCGGUUUGUUUACGCCACCAUCACAGACAUCAACUUGUUGGAGUUCAGAGGCAGAGAGGUCACUAAAACCCAGCUGUUCACCACCGACGACAGCAUCCUGUCGUUUGAUGUGGACUGGUACAGAGACUGGCUGUACUGGGCCAAUGAAACUGGUCACGUCCAACGCACCAGUCUGACCCAGAUCAGGACGGAGGUGAUCCCGACACCGCUGCCAGUUUGUCUGAUUACUGUCGACCAGAGGAGCGGAAGCCUUUUCUGGGUGUCCUGUGACCAAAACAGCAUCUUCACCUCCAAAGCUGACAGUUACUCCCCCAAGCAGCUGUACCAAACACCAAAAGAGAUUCAGGGCUUGUAUCUGGACUGGCUGAGGGGCGGGAUGUUCUGGCUGGAGGAGGAGCGAAUCUUCAGCAUGAGCGUGAUGGGAGGCGAAGCUAAAGAGCUGCUGCAGAUCGCGGGAAGGUUCCCGGUGAACAUCGCCUUCGACCUCAGGGCCAGCAGUCUGCUCUGGAACUCAAGGAGGACAGGUCUGACCACGUUGAGUUUGCUGCGAGAGAGCAGCCACCGAGCUGGAAGGAGGUGGAACAUUUCGGGCUCCGUCGCGGCCGCCUUCGAGCCCUUCCUGUUGUCCAUUUCUGACGAUGUAAUGACUCUGUGGGAUCAGCGCAACGGGAGCCCCAUUCAGGAAGUAACCGUGAAAGGCCCAGUGUUGAGCGUAAUCACUGCACUCAAGGACAUUCAGACAGUGCCCAGGGCUCCGCUCUGCAACGAACCAUCUCUGUUGUGCCGACACUCGUCAGUCUGCCUCUCACAAGCCCAGCUGUGUGAUGGCAAAAAGGACUGCCCUGACGGAGAUGAUGAGGAGUUUUGUGUUGGCACGUGUCCAUCUAAAGAUGAUUUCAAGUGCAAGGACCAGAGAAGUUGUAUCUCCAGAAAUCUUGUAUGCGACGGUCGCUCUCACUGCCACGAUGGCUCGGAUGAGGUCGACUGUCCGACUGUGUCGUCUGCUGUAACUCGAGAGAAUGUCCUGAAAUGCCGCAUGGGCUCAAAGCCGUGCAGGGAUGGAACAGAGUGUGUUUUAUACAGUCAUGUGUGUGAUGGAGAGGAGGACUGUAAGGACGGGUCGGAUGAGCUGGAGUGUGCAGCACAGAUAUGUGAUGGAAACAUGGACUGUCCUGGUGGAGCCGACGAGAACUGUGUGGAAAACUGUGCUUACGAGACUGACUUCCUCUGCAAGGACCGAAGGAGCUGCAUCUCCAGAAAUCUGGUGUGCGACGGCCGCCCUCAUUGCCACGACGGCUCAGACGAGGUCGACUGUCCGAGCGCAAACUCUCUUGCACCUCUGGCGAAUGCGUUGAAGUGCCGCAUGGGCUCGAGGCCAUGCAGCGAUGGCACGGAGUGUGUUCUGUACAGCCACGUAUGUGACGGAGAGAACGACUGCAUGGAUGGAUCUGACGAACAGGGAUGCCGCGAGACCUGCAAGAAAGGUGAGUUUCAGUGCUUCCACGGGAAAAUGUGCAUCCCCGAGGCUCAGGUGUGCGACGGGAAGCCGCAGUGUCGGGACCGGUCCGAUGAACUGAACUGCCGGGAACGAUCCAAGAGCUGUGAGCAUCGCUGUGCUGACGGCAACCGCUGCAUCCCAAAGAAGUUCCUGUGUGAUGGAGAGAGAGACUGCCCGGACGGCUCGGAUGAAGCGGGCUGUGGUUCAUCGCUGUGCAUCGCUCAACAUCGGCUGUGUGAUGGAGUAAAAGACUGUCCUGAUGGGUUUGAUGAAAACAACUGUGUGGUCCAGUGUGGAAACCCAGACGACUUCUUGUGCAGCGACCGGAGCAAGUGCAUCUCCAGGAUGGAAGUGUGCGACGGUCGCGUCCACUGUGCCGACAGCUCCGAUGAGAAGCAGUGUCAAACAGCGGCUUCUACUGCCGCAUCCCCCGACAGUGCGCUCAGAUCAACCCCUCUGAAGUGCCGCAGAGGCUUCAAGCUUUGUAAAGACGGCCUGGAUUGUGUCAUGUACAGCCAUUUGUGUGACGGAGAGAAGGACUGCCAGGACGGGUCAGACGAAGAGGGAUGUGCUACUCAGUGCAAAGCAGGUCAGUUCCAGUGUUCCCACGGUAAGAAAUGCGUCCCACAAGAGCGAGUGUGCGACGGACACUACGACUGCCAGGACCGAUCCGACGAAAUGGACUGCUCGAAGCAGCUCGACGGCUGCCAUCACCUCUGCGACAACAAAACUCGCUGCAUACCAGAAACCUUCCUGUGCGACGGAGAGAGAGACUGUUUGGUGACCUGUGCAGCCCACCAGUACCGCUGUGCCAACGGCCAGUGCGUGUCAGAGGGUCUGAGAUGUGACGGAUACGUGGACUGCAGCGACCGCUCUGAUGAGGUGGACUGCCAGAGACCGCCUCGCUGCCCGACGCAGCUCCGAUGCCCGCACAGCCACGAGUGCCUGCAGAAAGAGUGGCUCUGCGACGGCGAGGAAGACUGCAAAGAUGGGUCAGAUGAGAAGAACUGCAACACUCCUCCAGUGAAGUGCAGAGAAUACCAGUGGCAGUGUGGAGACGGCAGUCAGUGCAUUCCUCUGUCCUGGAGGUGUGACGGGAAGAAGGACUGUUUCAACGGCAGGGACGAGGACAAAUGCAGCCAGAGAAAAUGCCCGACUCACCUUUUCCAGUGUGGCAGCGGCGAGUGCAUCGGCCCCCAUCUGGUGUGUAACCGGUUCAUCAACUGUGCCGACGGCUCAGAUGAAGGCGUCGGAUGUGCUCAACGCAACUGCUCCAGUCAGCCGGCUCCCCGGUGCGACCACCGCUGUGUCAGCACCCCAAAUGGACCGAGGUGCUACUGUGCUGCGGGUUUCAGACUCCAGUCCAACACUUUGUCCUGCGUGGACAUUGACGAGUGCAAUUCGGCGCCACAGUCUGUAUGCAAACACACUUGUCUGAACACCCGCGGGUCCUACAGCUGUCGCUGCCACCCUGGGUUCUACCUGGAGCCCGACAACAAAAGCUGCAAGACAAAAGACGAGCCUUUGCUUCUGGCGUCGGUGCAGUCAGAGCUGCUGCUUCUGGGCGUCCACAGCGGAACUUUGCGUCUCCUCACAUCCGUCAGCCGGCCGGUCUUCUCCCUGGAUUAUCACUGGGCUCAGCAGAGAGUUUACUGGCUGAGCCCCGACUACCAGAGCAUCCGCUGGGCUGACGUGAAUAACUCAAACAAAGGGACCCUGAUCAAAGGCGUGAAGUCAGACUUCAUUGCAGUGGACUGGGUUGGUAAGAAUCUGUACUGGGUGGACGGCCUGGUUGGUCAGAUUCUGGCAGUGAAGCUCAACAACGCCACGCUGAGAUCUCAGGACUACACGGUGGUCCUGGGUGAAGAUCUGGAGCAGCCCAGCUCACUGGUCCUGCUGCCACACAAAGGGUUGAUGCUGUGGUCUGAGAUCGGCAGCACCCCUCAGAUCAGGCGCUCCGGGAUGGACGGUUCAAAGAGGAAGGUGGUGGUGAGCCGCAACUUGAGCUGGCCGGUCAGUUUGACCUACGACCUCCUGGAUAACAGGGUGUACUGGGCCGACGAGAAGAUGCGCUGCAUUGGCUCGGCCUCUCUGGAUGGAGACAACGUCAAGAUCCUCCAGCUAGCUGAAACGCCAAGCCCUUUCUCAGUGGCAAUCUUCAACGAUCGUCUUUUCUGGUCUGACACCAAGAGAAGAACCAUCCGCUCGGCUGACAAGAACACUGGGAAAGAUCAGAAAGUCCUCCUGAAGAGACCCGGGCAGCCGUUUGGACUGAAACUGAUGCAUGUCCUCUCCCAGCCGGCCGUCUCCAGCCCCUGUGACCAUCUACAGUGCACCCAUCUCUGUCUGUUGGCACCAGCCGGAAAAGGCAGGUCUGUAGUCCCAGGGUCUCCAGCAGGAAGGGGGCCGAAUGCAGUUUGUCGAUGCCCAAAGGGGCUGCUGCUCUCCAAAGACGGCAUCACCUGCUCUCUGCCUCGGGAGUCGUCUUUCAUCCUGCUCUUGUCCCAAAAGACGGUCUAUCAGAUCUACUUGCGCUCCAUGCGUCGCGAUGGCGUCGCCCUGAAGAAAAUGCCAAACAGCAGAGCUUUGAGCCUCCCUGGAGCUAAUGAGGCCUUGGGGCUGGAUGUUUCCAUCAAGGAUCUUUCUCUGUACGUGGCUUAUUUAAGACCAGGAUCUGUGGAGGUGCUGAGAAUGGGCAGCUCCAGGUCCAGACAGGGACUCACACCUGCUGGACAAGUCCUGAAACUGAAGCCGGAUGACUCGAUCACGGCUCUGGCAGUUGACUGGGUCACCUCCAACCUCUACUGGAGCAGCAACGAGAGGCCUGACAUCCACGUGACCUCCCGUUACAACGGCUACACCACCUCGCUGCUGCAAGGAUCGCUGAAGAGCACCACGUCCAUCGCGCUUCACCCCCCCUCCGGUCGACUCUGCUACACGACGAUAGUGUUGUCGGGCGGGAAGAGGCAAACGGAAGUGGACUGCGCCUGGAUGGACGGCCGAAACAAGGCGGUGCUGUGGAGGAAGUCGAGCAUCCCCACCUCCCUGGUGUUUUCCAACAAUGGAACCAUGAUCUACUGGGCUGACGCUGGUGAGGGAGUGAUCAGCUCCAUGGGAGUGGAUGGAUCGGGGUAUAAACAGUACAAGACGGGGCCCGGGUUGCUCGUCUCCUUCACUCACACUGCCAACAUCCUCUUCUGGGUCACCCUGGAUAAAGAUGUGACCAAACUGUGGUUCAGCGACAGCCUCCAGCCCAAACAGCUGUGGUUUGAGACAAAGACCAGCGUGGCGGAGGUCCGGGCAUACAGCAACAACAGCCAGACUGGAAACAACAGCUGCUCCGGCAACAACGGCGGAUGUGUCCAGCUGUGCCUGCCUUUCCCCGGAGGUCGGACGUGUACGUGUGGGCGGGGCUUCUACAGCAUCAACGGCACCUCCUGCACCCCGGUGCCUUCCUGCCCCGCCGGAGAAAUGUCCUGCUUCGACAACAGCAAGUGCAUCGGCAGCAGCAAGUUCUGCGACGGACACGUGGACUGUCCGGACCAGUCGGAUGAGCAGGACUGUGAGUUUUAA